GCAGCUGAGAGGAGAGAGAGGAGAGCGCGCACGAAAAACGGGUCUUGGAGAGACCAGAGUCAUUCCCAUCACUGUCCGCCGGCCAGUCACGCCGCAGACGCGUCGCAGGGUAUAGGCUACUGAAUGUUGCACGACAAAAGGAUGACCCCGAAAAGGAACGCAUAAGGACCGAUAAAAACACCUGAGGACCGUCGCAACAGGGGGUGGGGGUGGGAGCGUGACUGAUGGAGGAGAACGCAGAGAGGGUGAGCUCCUUUCACUUCGUACCAAGAUGCAAGUUGGAGGUAUAUCGAGGAGAUGUGGAUUUUUUUGUGUGUGGGACUGAUUUUCAUUAAUUCGCGAAAUUAGGGGAGCUGAUUUUGAUUUCACUUUUUUUUUAAAGAGGACCCAAGACGCUGUCGCUGGUCCCGCGCUGUCCACAUCCACUGGAGCCGAGCGCACGCUGGCUGAAAAAAAAAAAAAAAAAAAUAGGGAAUAACCAAAAAAAAAAAACUGCGCCCGUGUUUCAAAGACGUCAAGCCAGGGAUCCCGCUGCCAUUGAUGAUUUAAGUGGGUGGCCUUAAGAACUCUUAAAGGUUUCUGAAAGCUGAGCGAAACGGUCGUUUUGCUGCGUUCACACAAAUUGGCACGCAAACUAAACCAAAGGGGGGAGAAUGAUAUGACCCCGCAUUUGGAAUAUAGUGACACGGCAGCAUAAAAAAAGAGAAGCGAUUCUACAUAUGAUGGAUUAGACGUUUAAUCUGCAUCCCCCUGCUUUCAAAAUGAACUAUUGAGACUUUUGAAUGCUGUUGUCGGCCUCAUUUUUUCCCCUCAAUACUCAGGUUGGCUGGACACUGUGCCAUUUACUAACGGGGUGGGUGGGGGGGACUGCAUUCAAAGAAAUAAAACAUAGAACAUAAAAACACAACACCUAGCAGCCGGGGUGGAUCAGCGUCAGUGUUUGCACAAAUAUAUUCCCACAGACACGCCUCGAGGAUCAUUAAACAAAUCAGAUAAACGCAACGCGAAAACCAUCAAUAAUAGUUAUUGAUGAGGUGGUAUAUAAGGCUAAUGAUUGGCCAAGCCUCUGUUUACUCAUCAGCUCGGCAACAAUAUGGUGUGAAACUUUCGCUGAGGGCUCGACAGCUGAGGCUUACAGUGAGAGGAGAAAGCAAGGACUCUUCUUUAAAUAUCAUUUUUACUAAGACUAUUUUUGACUACAGCGUUGAUUGAAGAGAUAAUUGGAGACAACAGCUGGGAUAUUCUUCCUUUUCGUACUAGAAUGUCUGCUGCCUGUGCUGCUGCUGCAAGAAUCUUUCAACCAGGCAUUUUUGUGGGGCAAAUUUCUGAAGAGAUCUUUUUGAAAUAUUUAUAGCAGCUCCUCUGCAAGGAUGGUGGUUGUGACAAGGAGCCUAUGGAUGACCCAGUCUGUGGGAGAGCUGGUGCCGAGACAAUUGACCUCUCCGCCAGCUACUCUGUCUGUCUAAAACUCUUCCCCAGGGAGGCACAGCUGCUGCAGGCUGGGGAUGUGAUGGGGUGACUGUUGACACCCCCCUCACCCACCCCCUCUCUCACUUUAUUAGCAGUGUUAAAUAAACAAUGGAUCAGAAUUUCUCAACGGUUCGAGAUGGCAAGCAGCUGCUACCAGAGAGAGACUCGUCUAAACGCGUGCUGACAGGAUGCUUCCUCUCCCUCCUCAUCUUCACCACACUGCUAGGCAACACGCUUGUGUGCGCCGCCGUCACCAAAUUUCGACACCUGAGGUCGAAGGUCACCAACUUCUUUGUCAUCUCGUUGGCCAUCUCUGACCUCCUGGUAGCUAUCUUGGUGAUGCCAUGGAAGGCAGCAACAGAGAUUGUGGGGUUUUGGCCUUUUGGUGCGUUCUGCAAUGUCUGGGUGGCGUUUGACAUCAUGUGCUCCACUGCCUCCAUCUUGAACCUGUGUGUGAUUAGUGUCGACCGUUACUGGGCCAUCUCGAGCCCAUUCCGCUAUGAACGCAAGAUGACCCCUAAAGUGGCGUGUCUGAUGAUCAGUGUGGCGUGGACCCUGUCUGUCCUCAUCUCCUUCAUUCCUGUUCAGCUUAACUGGCACAAAGCUCAGACCACCAGCUACGCGGAGCUUAACGGAACAUACCUCGGCGAUCUUCCCCCUGACAACUGUGACUCCAGCCUUAACAGGACCUACGCUAUCUCCUCCUCCCUUAUCAGCUUCUACAUCCCUGUGGCUAUUAUGAUCGUCACCUAUACCCGGAUCUACCGCAUUGCCCAGAAACAGAUACGGAGAAUAUCUGCCCUGGAGCGGGCAGCAGAGAGUGCCAAAAACCGUCACAGCAGCAUGGGGAAUAGUUCGAACAUGGAGAGUGAGAGCUCAUUCAAAAUGUCAUUCAAACGAGAAACCAAAGUCUUAAAGACACUCUCAGUCAUCAUGGGAGUGUUUGUGUGCUGCUGGUUGCCCUUUUUCAUCCUCAACUGCAUGGUUCCGUUCUGUGAGCCGAACCUGCCAGAUGGUGCCACGGACUUCCCCUGUAUCAGCUCCACCACCUUUGACGUGUUUGUGUGGUUUGGCUGGGCAAACUCCUCGCUCAACCCCAUCAUCUAUGCCUUCAACGCAGACUUCCGCAAGGCCUUCUCCAUCCUCCUGGGUUGCCACCGGCUCUGCCCGGGGAGCAACGCCAUCGAGAUCGUCAGUAUUAACAACAACAUGGGUGCCCCUACCUCGAACCCCAACUGUCAGUAUCAGCCCAAGAGUCACAUCCCAAAGGAGGGCAACCAUUCAGCCAGCUACGUGAUACCCCACAGCAUCCUGUGUCAGGAGGAGGAAUUACAGAAGAAGGACGGAUGCAGAGGGGAGAUCGAGGUGGGGAUGGUAAACAACGCCCUGGAGAAACUCUCCCCGGCCAUCUCUGGGAAUUUAGACAGCGACACUGAGGUCACACUGGAAAAGAUCAAUCCCAUAACACAGAAUGGACAGCAUAAAGCUGUGUCAUGUUGAGAGAAGGCAAAGAUAGAGAGGAGUACACCGUAUGUAUGCACAAAGGGAAGAAAAGCUUACACAGAGGGACAGCAAAAGGAAACAAAAGAGACAGACGUCUUUAAAAACAUGCCUGACAGGAAAACCGUGAGUGGGAUAUAAAGGACCUUAAGACUGUCAACAAAAAUCCACAUGGAAAAACCUACAGAAUGUUUAAAAGUAAAGGCACUUUAUCCUGGAUAUAACUAUCUGCAAAAUACUCUCAGCAUUUAUUGAUGAAAUUGACACAUUUGAUGAUAAAUGUUGAUAAUGUGAAUAUUAAAGCAGAACACUAGCUAUGUGCACAUGUAUACAUUUUUUCAAACCAUUUACAAAAGAUGUAUACAUCUGCAUGUGUAUACUGUACAGUACUGACACUAUCCUGGGAGGACUUAAACACAGUAUAUACAGUGGAGCAAGAUGUAGUAACUAUUAGCAAAAUGUCUUGUAGGUAGGUGCUUUAUAUGUGUUUCAUGGAAGAGAGAGCAAUGUGAGUAAAUUGGUUUUGGUACAGUAUAAUUAGUUGUUUAUUGCAGUUAUUUCUCUUCAGUACAUUUCUAAUAAUAAUUUUAUUGCAAAAUUGAAACGCCUAUAUUGCAGUGGUAAUUUACUUUAGUUAAAUUACUUCAGACACCAAAGGAGCAAUGUUCUGAUCCAAACUAAAACACAGAGGGAGCAGAUAAAGGAGUUCAAUUCCCUAAGCCAAGUUGUCAAAUCUUUAUAAACAUUUCAUUUCUACCCCUCAACCCUAUAUUAUCAUGAAGGAUCUCCAGAUUCUUAUAAAAGCUGAUAUGUUCAGAGACCAGCUGGUGAUUGUGUAAGACAGAAAGGAAGACAGGGGAGAUAGAAAAAGUCACUCCUGUGGUCAACGUUCCUUCGCUUCUAUUCUGAUCUAUCCUCAGUCAUGCCCACAUGGGACCGAUUUGACUGUCUCACCUGAGGUUUCUUCCAUCUCUUCUCCUCACUCCCUGUUUUCAUUAGCUUUGUCUCCCCAUCUUCUUCUCUUCAGCAAACCCUCUCUAGGGCCCUCCAGUCUCUUCUCCUCUCCAUAUUCCUGCUCUCUUUUCCUCAGUCAGCAAAGUCCCUUUCUCCCUUGUACUGCUCUUAUUUCUUCAGUGUUGACAACCUCUUCUCUUCUCCACACUGUUCCCUCAGUCAGCACGGUCCUUUACACCUGCACCAUAUCUUCCUUUUAUGUUUUUUUUUUCUUUCUCUGCCUGCAGCCCUUUGGCAGCCCUCCAUUUUACGUUCUUACUCUGCCCACUUAAAGUGGCACUAAUGAUUCUAUUUUUGGCAAAUGGUGUCAGUCCAUAAUUUAAAAAGAAUGUAAAUCUGUAAACUAAAAUUUCUGCACUUGGACAGAAGAGGCAGAGCAGCAGUAGCAGUAGAGUUCACUCAGCUGGAAUGCUAGUGACACUUAGUGACCUUUUGCAAACUUGCAGAUAUCUGAUUUUCUAAAUUGCUCAUGCUGGGAGCCAUGCUGUGCUGUAGCGGUGAUGUAGAGCAUGCAGUGCGACAGUUGCUCUGUUUGCAGGGGUGGAGUCCACGACUGACCAUCAUGAUAAGGAUUACCUUCAAGAUAUCAGGCAUAUUUGUAUUGAUUCCUCCCAGAGAUUUGUCUUUGCACAGUUGCACUUUAACAGUAAAUGUGCAGGACUGAAAUAUACAUUUACAAUGUACAGUAAGUGUUGAUGUUAGAAUAAAAUCAUUUAUAAAAGGUGGUUUUGGGUAAGUUAGUCCUUAUUAUGAAAUGCUUCUGUCACAGGUUUGCUGUAAAGCUACUGCUGUCUGAAACAUUUAUAUUUUUUAACAGUGCUCAAAUAGGCAUUUGUCAGUGUUGGGACUUUCACAUUUUAAGUUGAGUUUGAAGAGUUUAAAGUGAGAAUGUAGCAUUUGCUGACUCUGGCCACAGUAGCCACAACUGACAAUUAGCAGUAGAAAUCAGAGCAGAGUCAUCAGUUUAGCUAAGUGGUUCUGUAAUGUUUGCUUUACAGCUGAAAUGAUCCACAAUUUAGCUAACAUUAGCCGCCAUAAGCAACUAGUCAUACCAGACCAAGUGUGGCUGCAGCAACAAAAAUCCUGAGUAUACUGAAGUGAGCAAAAGUAGAUUUUAGCUGUUAUGGAUUCACCUUUUCAUUUGUAAUAGAAUAAAAGUGUGUUAUUUCCUCAUUCAAAGUUUUAUGUGUUUGUGGCCAUUAUAAUUAAAGAUAAGGACAAAGAACAAAAGAACAUAAAUGUAGGAAGUCCCAAAAAAAUGAUCUAUUCAUUAUCGCUACCAAAUAAAUUUAAAACAGAAUUCAUAAUGUCAUAGUAUAGAUUGAAUUAAAUAAAGUAUAGAGGUUUUCAGAUUUUAAAUAAAUGCAAAGUCUAUGCUUGGCAAACAUAAUGAGCUGCAUAUUCUGAUCACAGUCUACACACUGAGUCUUUCUGGUCAGCAACAUGCUCUCUGACAUUGUAUGCUGAGCGUCCACCCUGUGCUCUGUGUGUCCAUGAAGGCGUGAAACUGUUGCUCAUCAGAGAAAGGAAGAACUGAUCCAAUAGAAAACAACUGGUCUUGAAUGAAGCAUUUGAUUUUCCUGCUGUGGAAAAUCCAAUGCUAUCUAGAUGGCAACAAAGGGGGGGAAAGCUUUUAGCUCAAUACGUGGUUUGGCUUGUGACACAAAAGCAACUCAUUGUCCUCUCUGCCUCCCUGUCCUUGGCUUCUGCCAUUUGCUGCUCCAUCAGUUUAAAAACUGACAUUUAUGAACUUGAAUUUGGAUUAGCUAUCUUGUCUCAAGAAUUAAUUAAAUUUUCCAAGUGCUCAAAUUCUAUUUGAACUGCCACAAUAUACUGUAACUUCCCACUCUACUCCCUGUCCAAUUCCUCAACCAUAUCAGCUCAGCGACUGUCCAUUUUCACUCUUCACCAGUUUCUCUUAAUUUACUCCCUAAUUAUUUCCAAAUACAAGGCAGCUCAAACAUGCAACAAAAUGUGAACAUAUAAUCUGUCAGGAUUGGACAUGGAAGGGAACUGCCUUGGGGGAAGAUUCCCCCCACCCCUCCACCCUCCCCUCUCCCCACCCUCUUUCCUCCUUUUUCUCUAUCUCUUUCUCUUUUCUCUUGGCUGCCUCUGUCGACUUGAUGAGCGUUCCCAAUGUUAACACAGAUUGAAUUUAUUAUUAAACAGACAGGGCCUACUGUUUUCCUUCUGUAGUUUGAGUCAAAGCGCUGAAUCAAAGCCCCAGCUGGUUGUUUAAUUAUUAUUAUUAUUAUUAUUAUUAUUAUUAUUAUUAUUAUUAUUAUUAUUAUCAUUGCUGUUGCCAGAAUUCUUAUUUUUGGCUGAAUGUGGCUGUACUAUUGCUUAUGCUGUUAUUUAACCAGUGUUUUAUAAGCUGAAAAUUGGGGGGAAGGGGUACUCUUAUUGAUAUAGAGAUUAAUAUGCCAUCAUGUCGUGACAUCAUUGGCAUUUACAGGUUUACCAGAUGUUUCUUGUAUAUGCUGUAUGUAUACAUUUAUAGAAACAUACCUCCAGCUGAGAGUUGAAAUGAUCUCUGCUGUAUUUUGGCUCCAUAUAACCCCCCUCCCCUCCUGAGCUUUCACCUUGUCAACUUGGUGAGUCAUCUUUCCAGCUGCCACUGCUUUGAUUUUGGAGAGGGGCAAUGUCAGGCAACAGUCCCACAAGCAAAAUGCUUUGUUUGAUCCGGAGCGUUUCCCCCUAGGCUGCCCCACAAGUUGCUUUGGGGAGCUAUAAUGACAGUACACAGUCUCUCAGUCAGUGUAGUUACAUGAAUAAUGACAACUUAAGCAAAUCUGACAGUGCAGAAUGCCUCCUCUUCUUCCUCCUUCCCCGAUAGGGGGGGGCAAGCGAUGCAACAGGCAUAGGGCUGAACAACACUCCCAGGCCCAGGGAAUGUGGGAGGGGGAUCAUUUUAAUGAUGAUGUUUCAGCUCACUCUAGGAUAAUGAUGGAGUCCCUACCUCGACAUCAAUUCAGUGAUAAAACUUCAUGUAAAAAAAAGAAAAAGAAAAAAAAGAAAAAAUAUUAAUGGCAGUAUUUAGGGUUGGGGAGUGCAGGGAUAGAGUAUUGUACAAUGAUGUUCAAAAUGUAGUCGUGAUGAACACAAGUGCUUUUUAUCUUCAAAAAUCCUUAAUGUGUAGCAGACUUACAUGCUGUAUGUUUUCUCCAUUGUGGGACUAUAAUUUACAGUAAGACGCAACAGUCACUGACUAUUUAUACAUUUAUUUAUUUACAUGUCUUGGGUGUUCAUUCAUGAAAGUGAUGUCAAAGCUUAUAACCCUCAGAAUUAUUACAGUAUUUAGUUUACAGUUUGUACAAAAAAAUGUGCCCUUCUUGUAAAAUAAACAUGUAUGUAUUUUUUUUUCA